GCCACCGUUGGUAGUCAACUCAAUGUUGGCGUCUCUCCAACAUCAUCUCGGCGUCCCCUCGAUAGUCAUGGUUGUCGUUGAAAGAAGAGCCGAUUUCCAAUCCGACCUUCUACCCCGGAUUCGUAUCAUGGUCGGCGAAGUCCUUCCCGCCGACAAGAACAAGAUCUCCAGCUCCAUUGCAUCCUCUCCAGUGGAAUCAAUGUCAUAUGCGCCGCUAUUGAUGAUGCUGUCGUCGUCCCACACCAUCGUCGUCUGCGCAUCGUCGUCAUCAGCUUUUGUGUUGUCGUUUGGUCAAUUAUGUUUGGAGAGAGACAACUUCGACCGAGAAUCUCAAUCAUCAAUUCAACGUGAUUUCAAUCAAGCAUCGCCGGCAGCUCCUGAGUCGCGGCACCUAGUCAAAGCUAAGUCAUCAACCUCGUCAGCCAAAUCAUCAAAGUCAAGAUUCAGUCUCGGCUGCCCUUCUUCUUCACGUUGGCGUUGUUCGUUUCCGUAGUCUUGUUGGUUCGUUGGCAACACAAAGGCCAAGCCCAAAAGAGACUCCGAUUCAACGCCGAGGGCGUCUCCGUCUACAUAUACAAUCAAGGGUAAGAUUCGAA